AACAAGGCGUUUUCGCACAUGGAUAACCAAUUGUUAGCUGACUACAUUGCCCAACGAACGAGAAAAUACGAGAGCGACUUAAGCUCUAUAGAGCUUGAAGACAAACAUAUUCCAGCAAAUGCAAUCCGCGACACGACUUCGUGGGACAAGCCCAGAACUCUAGACACCCUCCCCAGUUUCUUAGAAAAGUUCUCUGGGAACUCGACCAAGUUAUGGUCUGCUUCGAAGAAGAAUGGCGCCCCACAUACGAUUAUAGUGACGGCUGCAGGCUUGAGAGCAGCUGAUAUUGCAAGGGGAGUCCGGAAAUUUCAGACAAAAGACGCCACAGUUGCCAAACUCUUUGCGAAACACAUCAAACUACAGGACUCUAUCAAAUUUCUCAAAUCAACUAGAACGGGCAUUGCUGUUGGCACGCCACAAAGAUUGAAAGUUUUGGUGGAUGAUGGCGCCUUACAGAUUGACAGGUUGGAGAGGAUAGUUGUUGAUGCUUCGCACAUUGAUCAAAAGAAGAGAGGAAUAUUAGACAUGAAAGAGACCCAAAUACCUUUGGUGGUUUGGUUGGGCCAGCAAGAGUUUAGGGAGAGGUAUGCUGCAAAAAGCGGAGGUAUACAAUUGCUCUUCUACUAGAGUUCGAGAGGUACAUGGGCUGGCAGUUCUAGCUAUCAAAUUCUGCGCCUGAAAUAAAACUUUUAUGUUGAGUGCUGUUUCGUUUCGAUUUCAGAAUGCCCUUGCUGUUUGUAUGGCCCGUCAUUUAGGUUUUGCCAGGCA